GAUAGGCUCUAACCAUGGCUCUGAUACCAUAUUAGAAAGUGAAUUUAUGCCUAACUCAACCCCACAAAACCGGCUUGUAAGGUGAGGUUUGCACCUCACUUAUAUAUUAUAAUUUGGCCUUAUCUCUAGUCGAUGUGGGACUUCCAACAAGUGAAAAAUGAGAAUCCAAUUGAGGUUAUUGAAACAUCAACCAUGACAAUACCCCAAGGAAGAGGAGUGCCACAAGGGAGAGGAGGAGGCAGAAGCAACCGAGGACGUGGUGGUCGUAGUAUACGUCCUCAAUGCACAUAUUGUAACAAAAUAGGUCAUACUCGGGACAAAUGUUAUAUUUUACAUGGAUAUCCAGACAAAGUUGCUCAUGUUUCUAAAGCUGGUGAUCUAGAAUCCAGAAUUUCAAAUGAAGAAUAUGAAGAAUUUCUCAGAUACAAGUCUGGAAAAUCAUUUAAUCCUGGUCAAUCUUCUGCCAUGACCAGUGUGCCUACAACCAACCUAUCUAAAUCUGUGGAAGGUCAUAAUCCAUGGAUUCUUGACUCCGGUGCCUCUGACCAUAUCUCUGGAACAUGGGACAGGUCGUCUGAUUGGAGAAGGACAUGAGUCUCAAGGACUUUAUUUCUUAAAAUCUUGUUCUUCAGUUUCCUGCUUUACUUCUUCAUCCCCAAAACUUUUGCAUGAUCGUUUAGGCCAUCCAAGUUUGCUCAAGUUGAAGAUGAUGGUUCCAAGUCUCAGAAAUAUUCAAGUCUUAGAUUGUGAGUCUUGUCAAUUAGGAAAACAUGUUAGAUCUUCCUAUCCUAAAAGAUCUGAGACACAUUGUAAUUCUCCUUUUUCAAUUAUUCACUCAGACAUUUGGGGACCUAGUCGUGUUACGUCAUUUGGUUUUAAUUAUUUUGUAACUUUCAUUGAUGAAUUCUCUCGGUGUACUUGGGUUUAUUUAAUGAAAGAGAGAUCUGAACUUUUGUCUA